GAUGCUUUCUUCCCAGCGACCCAGGCUUGAAGGUUGAUCCGAAGACUCUCCCCGGCCAGACUCGCGGAGCAGUCAUGCCGGGGUCCCCGCGUCGCGCCCCGGGGCUGCUGCUGCAGGCGCUGGUGGCGAUGGUGUCGCUGGCCCUGGUGGCCCCCUUCGGGCUGCAACCCGCGCUGUGGCCCAUGCCGCGCUCGGUGCAGGUGUUCCCGCGGCUGCUGUACAUCUCCCCGGAGAACUUCCAGAUCGACAACAGCCCCAAUUCCACCGCGGGCCCCUCCUGCUCGCUGCUGCUGGAGGCGUUUCGGCGAUAUUACAACUAUAUUUUUGGUUUCUACAAGAGACAUCAUGGCCCUGCUAAAUUUCAAGAUAAACCACAGUUAGAGAAGCUUCUGGUCUUCAUUAACCUCGAACCGCAGUGUGAUGCCUUCCCUAGUAUGUCAUCAGAUGAGUCCUAUUCUCUACUUGUACAAGAACCAGUAGCUCUCCUCAAGGCCAACGAAGUUUGGGGAGCACUAAGAGGUUUGGAGACCUUUAGCCAGUUGGUUUACCAGGACGCUUAUGGGACUUUUACCAUCAAUGAAUCCACUAUUGCUGAUUCUCCAAGAUUCCCUCAUAGAGGAAUUCUAAUUGAUACAUCCAGACACUACCUGCCUGUGAAGACAAUUUUUAAAACUCUGGAUGCCAUGGCUUUUAAUAAGUUUAACGUCCUUCACUGGCACAUAGUGGACGACCAGUCUUUCCCUUAUCAGAGUAUCACUUUUCCUGAGCUAAGCAACAAGGGAAGCUAUUCUUUGUCUCAUGUCUAUACACCAAACGACAUCCAUAUGGUACUUGAAUAUGCCCGGCUCCGAGGGAUUCGAGUCAUACCAGAAUUCGAUAGCCCCGGCCAUACACAGUCUUGGGGGAAAGGUCAGAAAAACCUUCUAACUCCAUGUUUCAUUCAAAAAAUUAGAACUCAAAAGGUUGGACCUGUAGACCCAAGUCUAAAUACAACAUACGUAUUCUUUGACACAUUCUUCAAAGAAAUCAGCAGGGUGUUUCCAGACCAGUUUAUCCACUUGGGAGGAGAUGAAGUGGAAUUUGAAUGUUGGGCAUCAAACCCAAACAUCCAAAAUUUCAUGAAGAAAAAGGGCUUUGGCAACAAUUUUAGAAGACUAGAAUCCUUUUAUAUCAAAAAGAUUUUGGAUAUUAUCACAUCCUUAAAGAAGAGCUCCAUUGUUUGGCAAGACGUUUUUGAUGAUCAAGUGGAGCUUCAGCCGGGCACGGUAGUUGAAGUGUGGAAAAGUGAAAAUUACUUAAAUGAAUUAGCACAAGUCACAGCAUCCGGCUUCCCUGCCAUCCUUUCUGCUCCUUGGUACUUAGACCUGAUCAGCUACGGGCAAGACUGGAGAAACUACUAUAAAGCGGAGCCCCUUAACUUUGAAGGUUCGGAGAAGCAGAAACAACUUGUUAUUGGUGGAGAGGCUUGCCUAUGGGGAGAAUAUGUGGAUGCAACUAACCUUAUUCCAAGACUAUGGCCUCGGGCAAGCGCUGUUGGUGAGAGGCUCUGGAGCCCUAGAAUUAUCACCAACCUGGAAAACGCCUACAGACGACUGGCAGUGCACCGCUGUAGAAUGGUCAGCCGCGGAAUAGCUGCACAACCUCUCUUUACUGGAUAUUGUAACUACGAGAAUAAAAUGGAAAAGUGACAGAAGUCUACAGCACUACAGCUCUAAUCAUGUUGAUUCUGAAAUCAUGUAAAUUAAUAUUUGUUAGGCUAUUUUUUAAAUAAACUAUCUUUUUAUUGAUUGAAUCUUUCUAUAUCUGAAUCAAACACUGAAUACUGACAUCUUUUAUGUGAGCAGCUUAAAAAAAAUAAAAGAAAAAGCUUUGCACUACUA